AUGUCUCCGGCACGCUGUUCCCGUGGCCCGCGACCAGAGGACUGGGAUACGCCAUCGCUCCCGCGAUGGAGACCUGCUUUGAGCGAUGGGGGAGUGUACGGAGUAGGAAAUCGGAGAAUCCUGUUCGGUCUUGGUCCGGAGACCCGCUCAAUGACGAUGCUGACGGUUCUCGGAACUUGA